UGAGCCGUCAAAACGUAUAGUAAUCAUUGCGAACCGAACGCGCCAAACGUACGACGCGAUCCGACCGACAGAAGACGUGCUACGGACGUGUUUACCGUGUCGACAGUGAAGAGAUGCGAAUUUUUAUUCCCCACAUUUAUGUAAUCCGCACGUUUUAAUUAUAACUUAAUUUUGCGUUUUGUUAAAAUACAGUUCGCGUGAUUUUAUAUGUGUACGCGAGUGUCAAGAGUGUUAACGCGUACAAAACGGACGAGCUCUCCACAGCAUCAGAGUCGGCCGUUAAAGCAGUACAACUAUUACACAGGAAAGGAGACAAUAAAUGCAGCGUUUGUAGGACAGGCAUUUCUCGACAAUGCGGAAAGUUCAUUGAUAAGAUAUCAAUCAAAACAGAACGGAUACGAAAUCGUAACAUAGUAAAAUUAUAUAGAUGACUUGAUGUGCUUAAGCUGGACCCAAACAUGCACCGCCAUACACCUGCUGUGGAGUGUGCUUUACAUAAGUGUAGGCGCCAUUCAAAUAGUAGCAGGAAUAUUCUUCUUGGUCACAGUGCCUGUCCUCGUGAUCGGAUCCAGCAUAUGGACAGGGUCAUGGAACAUUUUCUUUGGCGUCGCAGGAGCAGUUUUCUCGUGUGUGGGCAACUGGACCAGAGCCAAACAACGCGGCCUUUUGUUCAUGACCGUUUCCAUUCUUGUCGCAAACCUCAUCAACCUCUUAGUUCUAGAAAUCGGAGAAUGGAGAUACUUGACAUCACAAUCGGCCAAAAACAUCAUGUUAGUGAGGGAUAUGAAAACAAUAGUGUUAUACGCUCGUUACACGACCAGUAUAAGCACAAUAACAGGCAUAAUCGGUGCGUUCCUCGACUCGCAAAUAACAUUCUGCUGCAUACAGCGCAAAGAUAAAACACAGCAAACCAUAGAACCAGAAAGAAACUCUGAUGCCGAUUACAUCAUCCCCAGGGCAAAAUCCGAUGGUGUGAUCAGACAGGACAGCAUUGGAGUUAAAGUGCCUGCCGAAAGUAAUUAUGGACGGUCGUGGGUGUUCGAAGCAGACGGCACGGGUGGCCCGGGUAACGCGUAUGUGUCUACUGAAUCAUUAAGUGCCAACGACAACAUGCAAAGGCCUCAAAGUAUCACUGGCCGAACAGUGACGCUGAAACGUAAACCGAAGCCUGUGACACCCGUGGUGAUUGUCGAAGUGGACGGCACCGGUAAUCGACCGACGCAACUUAUGACUAGCUUUUCAAGGACACCAUCGCCCGUGGGUUUGUCGGAGAGCUCGUCGCAGGAUUCGAUGGCUGCCAGUGGCGUAGCAGCAGUUCCUAUUUACGAAUGCUUGGAAAAAUUGACCGAGCCAUCCGUAUAUCGAUCUCGAUUGAACACUGCCCUGUCGGUCGGCACACCUGACUCACCUGUCGACCGACCUCCCCGUAGUUUAUCACCUAAACCGCCUCCAGCCGCCGAACCCGUACAGUACGCAUCACUAAUGGAAGAACUGCAAAAAACUAUUGGCAACCGGUUGUCCAAACAUAUAGAAUCUAGUGACGAAAGAUUUAGUGCUGAACUGGACGACGUGCUCAAAGACAUUCAAGACUUGGAAUCGCCGACGGAUGACCGUAGUGCGGAACGAACCGACGAGAGCAGCGACAGCGAUGCGGCCAGCAUGAAAACCACCAAGACAGUAAUACUAAACGGUAAGCAGCAACAUUCCGACGAUCUAGGUUAUGUAUCGAUGCGACAGGAUAGCGCGCACCUCUUGAGCGUGUACGACAGGGUUGAUUGUCAAAAUGAAAUUCCAGAAGGGAACAACGAGUUCCCAAUUGAAACCAACAACAACACCAUAGGGUUAGUAGGCAAUGGGAUCAAGUCGUCCAACGCUAAGGGUUGGAAAAUAUUGUCCAUGAUGCUCAAACGUAAGCAACGAACAUUGCUACCACUACCACCCGAAAUCGAAGCGACAAUUGUCAAGUCCGAAUGUCUGGCAUACUUAUCGGACAAGGAGUUGGUCGAACGGUACAAUCGUAACAAAAUGGUGCAUAGGCAAAUCGAAGAAAAAGUUUGGAAACAAAUUAAUGGCGCUUCGGUGACUGAUUCUCCUUGUUGACCAGCAGCAAUUCAAAAUAAAUCCAAAAUGUAGCUCAGUGGGUCAUUUUUUCAAAUUAAAUAUUUAUCUUGAAUAUUAUAUACUAUAGUAAUUUAAUUUUGAUAUUUUAUUCGGUCAGUUUCACAGUGAUCCCAUCUUCUUUAAAAGUCUUUACAUAAUCAAGAGAUAUUUAUAUAAUAUGUAAUGAAUUAUAACCACUUAAUUUAUCUUUUUACGUACAUUG